AUGGAGCCGUUUGGUGCAGAUGGGCCAGAAGCUCUGAAUCCGUACAUCCGAGUCAUUAUCCAGGCUGCCGCCGCUCUGUUAUGCGUUGUGCCAAAAAUCAAUAAUGACUUUGAACCCACACAACGCAGCCCGGUGCCUGGUCUUUUCGCAGGCGGCGAAAUGACCAUACCGCGGUCGCCACGCCGCUAUAGCAUUUCGAGGCCUUGGAAAACUUCUCGCCGAACUAUCCUCCUUACUCCCAGUUUCCUUUAUGAACUACAGGCUUGGUGCAAGGAAAAUGUUCGUACUGCUCCUCUGUCAGAAACCCCAUUUUCGACAGCUGGCGAGGAGGACUCUUGUGGUAUUAAGAACGAUCUCACAACGAAUGCCUCCGCGGCUACGGAUACUCCCGAGGUGGUAUCUCCCGCUGUUCGAACGGCCGCCAUCUGCUAUCCCUUUAAACCCGCUUCCCGCCGAAAGCCGUCGCUAAAAAUCACUGGAAAGACACUACGCAUUAUCGAUGACUGUCCUGUCUUAAUUUUACAAAUGACGAGAAUUACCUGCAAACUUCCCACCCUCAUCAUUGCGCCAGAUGGUAAGUCAGACAAAAAGCUCUUCCGACCGAUGCUUUUGUCUUUUACCGCAUCCACGCUUUAG